CGAACGCUAUCCUGUAGCCCUCGCUCGUCUUCAACGAUGAACAACCUGCUCCGGUCGUUGGCCGGCAGCCAGAUCAAGUCGGCCUUGCCUGAGGGCGACUUGAAGUUGUUGUUACAGACCGUGAAGGAUGCGCGCAAUAAGACGUCGGACCCGAAGUUGGCUGACCCGUUCUAUGAUGCGCUCGAGGAUAUGUUGCACGAUUUGAGGACGGUCACCAUGGAUAACCAUGAUGCGGAGGCUUUCCUCAAGCCGGUCUCGAAGACGGAUUACCCUGAUUAUUAUGAUAUUAUACCCCACCCGAUGGACCUCCAGACGAUGCUCCGGAAGGUGAAACAGAAGCAGUACAAGUCUAAGAAGGAGUUCCAGGACGAUUUGGAUCUGAUUUGGUCGAAUUGUUAUACUUAUAAUGCCACAGAGAACCACCCCCUCCGCCUCUGCGCCACCCGCCUCAAACACAAAUCCGCCCACCUCCUCAAACACAUCACCGACCGGAAAGAUCGCGCAGACCCCUUCAUCCCCCCGGACCUCGCCGUCGCCUCCUCCUCCAAUUCGAAUUCGCGUCUCACCAACGGCGUCGCCCGACCGAUAUAUCGAUCCAUCUCGUCCACUCCGUCGAUCACGAUCAAUGGGAUCAAUGGGAAGAAGAAGCCGAAGAUCGUGGUGGGGAGGUCGGGAGGAGGAGCAGGGGGGAAGGGAGAGUUUGGGGAGCAGGCGGCGGUGGUGAGGACGGGGGAGGGGAUGAGGAUGGUUUGGGAGUUGGAGGGGGCGUUGGAUGUGGAGAUGGAGAUGGGGGAUGAUGUGAGGAUGGAUACGGAUGGGGGCGCUAGUGGGAGCGGGAGUGGGGCAGUGGCAGUGGAAGAGCGGUUGAGGGAGUUGGUGCCGCCGGACGCGGUCAGUAUCAUGGGAGGUGAUGUGCUCGUGAAUGGGCAAGGGCCGGUGGAUGCUCAAGUAGGUGAGAAGAGGAAGUCGACUGGGACGCCGACGCCGUCGUCACGACCUAGUAAACGCAUCCGAUUGGCUUCGUCGACUCCAGCACCUGCACCUGCACCUGCACCUGCACCUUCGCCCCCACCGUCACUACUCCCACCUCCACCGCCCACAGACCGCCUCGAUCUCUGGUGGUCCGCCCAACGCUCAGACCUCUUACUCGCAAACUCCCUUCCUCCCCUCCCUUCCACGUCCUCCUCCUCCCCAUUCCCACACUCGUCGUCACAACCACCCACCUACGCACAAAUCACCUCCUCCACGGCCCCCGAACAUCCCCGCAAACGCCGGCGGAAACCUAAACCCACUCUACCCUCCCAACCCCCCGCCCGUGGCCUCCUAGGCCACAUGAACGCGAAUAUCAAGACAUUGCACCGCGUCCGAUCCACCCACGCACGGUUCAGCGUCCUCGCCGCCGCCGCCUCCGCAUCCUCCAAUAACCCAGACGAUCCAUCCGCGCCGUCUCAGCCUUCACUUUCUUCGGCGCUUGAAGCUGAGGCGGCGGCGAUUCUUGCUGGUGGGCCGGUCGUCGAAGAUGUGGAUGAGAUUGACGAACGGCCUUGGGCGGUGCCUACGCGUCCCGUCUCCGCCUCAUUUCCUGCCAGCACCAGCACCACCUCCACCUCUUUCCCUCCUGAAACCCGCGAAAUAAUCGGCGAAGACGGUAAACCCCGCAAAGUUCUCGUACGGCGGAAAGAGCGUCGAAGAGGACUGGAGAUAGGAAACGAAGACGCGGACGGAUGCAUGCAUUGGAUGAACAGGAAGGUGUUGGAGCAUGAGGGGUUUCAGGGGAGUAGUAAGGUCGCGUUGGACGUGCUUAGUGGGAUCGCGAGUGAGUUUUUGAUGGGCGUGGGAAGGACGAUGAGGUUUUAUUUGGAUCGGUAUUCGGGGAGUAUGACGUCGGAGGAAAUCAUCCUACAUACGUUGUUCUCGCACGGGACGACGCGCAUUCAGGAUCUGGAGCGAUAUAUCACGGACGACGUCCUCCGACACGGAAACAGGCUUCUCGAGCUCGAGAAGAAACUUGCCAACGCAUACGCCCAAGAGGCUGCGGCGGCGGUCGAGAAUGGACUGGGUGCGGGUGUUGGUAUGGGCGUUGUGGAUGAUGAGAUGUUGUUCGGUGGAAAGGUCGGGGCUGAUGGGGGUGAAGAGGGAGAUGAGGAGGAUAGCGCGUUUGUUAUGGGUGGCUUCACAGACGAUCUCGGCGAGGACUUUUUGGGUCUCAAGGAGCUUGGAAUCGCUUCGGAGUUUGGGCUUUCGAGUCUAUCUGUUCCGAAGAAGUUGCUUCGGGGCAAGAAGGGUGUCAAACCCGCUUUCGUUCCUGUCAAGCCCACCGAACCACCUCUUCCAUACCCAUUACCACCACCCUUCGUUCCCCUCGACUCCUCGAAGAUCGACGACCAGAUCGGGCUCCUUCAGCCCUAUUACCGCUCACGCAUCGCCGCUAUAUCUGCAACUACCACCGCUGCGCCCAAACUAUCACAAACUCCCCUUCCGCCCCCGCCUUUCGGAACCUCAGUGCUAUCUAUGCCGCCACCUCCACCUCCACCACCGCCAUCAUCAUCACAACAGCAUCCUCCGUUCGCACAUUCAUACCCACAUCUUUCACACCCACCAUUACCCGGACCUCCUCCACCUCCGGGUGCUACUCCUGUGGAACCACAACCUACGGAACCAACUCCACCAGUCACCCUUCCCGACGAUGCGCCUCUUCCCGCACAGAGCAAGAUCGGGCCAUUGGGUCAGAUCAUCAAGAGCAACGCCGGUGCAGCCGGUGGUGGAGCGAGUAAGAAGAAAGCCAAAGGCGGAGGAGCGUCCAAGGACUCGAACUCGAACUCAAAUCAGAAUCCACCUCCACCACCUUCAGGCUCCGGCGGUCCACCAAACAACGGUGGUACACCACAACCACCAUCAUCUUCACUACCCAUACACCCGCCCCCACCGCCACCCGGUAAAGGCGGCGUCAUCAUGAGCGGCGUCACGAUGCCUCUCAUGACGGGUGCUUCUGGACCCAGCGGAGCACCCGGAAUACCACUCUCUGUGUUCGCAACGGGAGCAGGAGCGAGGGCGAACUCGACCGCCAGUCCGGCGAGUACGGCCUCUGAAAUCCCACCGCCCUCUCCGUACUCGUUCACGGUCUCGGGACCUGGUCUUUCUGCGAGCAAUACACCAGUCAUGGUUCCGAGGUCGAUGCCUCCACCGCCACCUCCGCCACAGGGAGCAUCACCGAACAAGAGUAAGAAGAAGGGGGGCGGAGGGGCGGGUGGUGCUGGCGCGGCAGGAGCGGGGAGCACGGGGAAGAAGAGAGGGAGACCGCCGGGGACGGGGCCGCAUCAGAGGCAGGCGGCGGAGGCGGCAGCGGCACAGGCGGCGGCUCAGACUCAACAGCCGCAGCAGCCGUCACAACAGCAACAGCAGGGGCAGCAGGGGCAGAAUGGGCAGGGGCAAGGACAGGGAGGGUUGCCGCAUGCUUCGUACCCUGUGUUUGCCAACGCAUGAUAUUGACGUCGAGAUUGGAUGCUCUCGAGCUUGGUGUCGUUGACGUGGUAUAUUCUUAUUA